AUGUCUGAAGAAACAGAUUUUGAAGGAGAACGGCCUUCUACUAGCCAAGGAAUUAUUCAGGAGUUUGAUAUCGAUGCCGCAGCUAAAGAAAUUUUCGAAUCCGAUAAAAGCUUAAGGUAUCUGAUUGGUAAUCCAUUCCGAGAUCAUGAAACACACAAAUUAAGACGCACAGACCGGUGUUAUGUUAACAACGAAUGGUAUGUAUCUGGUAAGUUUAGUAUACGGCUUGCUUUGAUUUUAGGAUAUAUUGUGAGACGGAUAAACAAUUCGGAGGACGUCGUCUACUCGCAGAUUGUGAGUAUCUUCUGUGGAAGCAGUGGGUUUUUAGCUUCAUUGGUUGAUCUUGUUCUUGCCGACGGUUGUGAUGGUCAAUCAAAUCUGUUUAAGCCGGAGAAUUAUCAGUUAG